AUGGAGGUCAACAACCCUACCUCUGAAAAAGUCGAGGUUGAGCAGCUUCAAGAUGUGGCAAAGAAUGAUCUCGAGACCUCGGGGGUAGAGACGGGAUCUGACCGUGCUGUUGGGUCUUUCGUUGAUGUUGACGAGAAGAAAGUCUUGCGCAAGAUGGACAUGAGACUCAUCCCCAUGCUCGCGGCGUUGUAUCUCCUUUCGUUCCUCGAUCGGGGAAAUAUUGGCAAUGCCAAGAUCGAAGGCCUUCAAGAAGACCUCAACAUGACGCCGGGCCAAUACAACUGGUGUCUCACUGUCUUCUUUUUCACCUACGCAGCCUUUGAGGUUCCUAGCAAUCUGCUGCUAAAAAAGUUGCGCCCCAGCCGGUGGCUGCCAUUAAUAAUGGUUUGCUGGGGGAUUGUAAUGACGCUCAUGGGCCUUGUCCAGAGUUUCCAAGGCCUGGUAGUGGCUCGGUUAUUUCUAGGAGUAACAGAAGCUGGUUUGUUUCCAGGAGUUGCUUACUAUCUUACCUUGUGGUAUUGCCGCCAUGAGAUCCAGUUUCGUCAAGCACUCUUCUUCUCUGCCGCAUCUGUAGCCGGCGCCUUUAGCGGCCUUCUCGCCUUCGGUAUCAGCAAAAUGGACGGCGUUGGCGGCCUUGCUGGAUGGCGUUGGAUCUUCAUCCUUGAAGGAAUCGCAACCGUGCUUGUUGCCGCCUCGGCCUUUUUCUUGCUGUUCGAUUUUCCCGAGACAGCCUCGUUUCUCACCGAAGAAGAACGUGCCUUUGUCAUCCAUCGGCUCAAGUACCAGGGCCAGGUCCAACUAUUGGCUGAUGGCACGGCGAAUCAGGCCCAAGUUGCACAGGCUGAAGAGUUUCAAUGGAAGUACGUUUGGCAGGCUUUUACAGAUUGGCAAAUCUGGGUCAACAUUUUCGUCUACUGGAGCAUCGUCUGUCCUCUCUACGGCAUCUCUCUCUUCCUUCCCAGCAUUAUCAAAUCUCUCCACUAUACCUCAAGCACUGCCCAAUUAAUGACUGUGCCCAUCUACGUCGUCGCCGCCAUCCUCGCCGUCAUCACCGCAUGGUUCUCCGAUAGAGUCGGCAAGCGCAGCCCCUUCAUCAUUGGCUUCUUGUUCAUGAUGAUACUCGGCUACGGCAUGUGUAUCGGUUCAUCCAAUCCCAAAGUCGUCUACGGAGGCAUCUUCCUUGUCGCCUGUGCUAUUUACCCUUCAUUCCCCGGUAACAUCACCUGGUUGUGCAACAACUUGUCCGGAUCCUACAAGCGCAGCGCCGGCAUGGCCAUUCAAAUUGGAGUUGGAAACCUUGGAGGGCCAUGGCAUCCAACUUCUACCGUCAAGUCGAUAACCCUCGGUACAUACUGGGGCAUGGCUUGGAGCUGGGAUUCAUCUCCAUAG